AUGGCACAGCCGAGCCGUAAAAGUUAUGUUCACGGCUGUUCACAUAUCCCAUUACUAUUUGAGACGGUGGGAGAACGCUUACGGAGUGCUGUCGAUCAGACCCCAAACAAAGAAUUUGUGAUAUUUAAACGGGAGAACAUUCGACGUACCUAUCUCCAAUUAUUAAAGGAUGCUGAGCGUCUUGCUUGUGGCCUAAUCCAUCUAGGUCUGGAGAAGGGUGAUCGUGUCGGGAUUUGGGGCCCCAACACCUACGAAUGGGUUACCACACAAUUUGCAACCGCAUUGGGUGGAAUGGUGCUAGUAAAUAUAAACCCCUCUUAUCAAUCGGAAGAACUCCGAUUUGCACUUGGAAAAGUGGACAUCAAGGCUUUAAUCACACCUCCAGGUUUCAAGAAAUCAAGCUAUUACCGUAGUUUAACGGAUGUAAUCCCAGAAAUAGAGCUGAAGCCACCAGGCAGAAGUGAUAUCUCAUCGCCAUGCUUCCCAGUUUUUCGGCACCUA